GUCGUUGUUGUUCAGCCUCAGUUUGAACACGGCGGCAGCAGAGGAGGCAGCAGCUGCUCUCUGAGGGCAUUCCGAGGAUUCCUGCGCUCCACCUGUCCUCCACCUGUCCUCCACCUGUCCUCCACCUGUCCCUCCACUCACCUGUCCGACAGGUGUAACCGGCUGACACAGGCGCUCUCCGGCGCACGGGGUCUGUUCAUGUCCAUCCAUGGAAGAGUGUCUGCGCAAAGCGUGUCCGUGCCUGGAGUCACUAUGGGAGAGGAUUUUCAACGACAAGAAGCCUCCUGCUGCAGACAGAGCAGGAGCAGCAGGAGCAGCAGCAGCAGGAGAGGGGAGCAGCGGCUGGGACCAGCACAGACCACCGAGUCCGGGUCCGGCUCAGCUCCAGGAGAGAGCAUCGGAGAGCGGCUCCGUCUACACGGCGCUGUGGGCCUUUGAGUCCCGGCACCCGGACGAGCUGUCGUUCCAGGAGGGCGACCUGUUCAGUGUGACCAGCCGCAGCGGGGACUGGUGGACCGCGCGGAGGAUCGACAAGAACGGGCGCGUCCUGGACUCCGGGAUCGUCCCCAGCAACUACCUGGCGAGGGCCGAGUCCCUGGAGAUGCAACCAUGGUUUUUUGGGACGCUGAACCGCUUUCAGGCCCAGAGCCACCUGCUGAGCCCGGGAAACAACGAGAGAGCGUUCCUCAUCCGGCGCAGCGAGAAGGACAACGUGGGAUACGUUCUGUCAGUGAGAUCCAACGAUCGAGUGAAGCAUUUUAAGAUCUUCCAAGCGACCGACGGGAAAUAUCACGUGGAGCAGAUCCGCCAGUUCAGCUCUCUGAUCGACCUGGUGGAGCAUUACUGCGUCAACGGCCUGCACAACACCGGCACGCUGGGAAACCCCUGCAAGAGGAAAAAGCCCGUGACCCCGAUCGUGGAUCCUUGUCCCAAGGACGAGUGGGAGCUCCCGAAGGAGGAGUUCACCCUGGAGGAGGAGCUGGGCAGCGGAUACUUCGCCGACGUCUACAGUGGCCGCUGGAAAAACCUCAUCAGAGUCGCCAUCAAGAUGCUCAAGAGCGACUCGGAGCUGAACCAGAGAGAGUUUCAGAGGGAAGUUCAGAUCCUGAAGAGUCUCCGUCAUCGUCACCUCAUCUCUCUGUUUGCCGUGUGCACGUCAUCGACGCCUUACUGGAUCAUCACGGAGCUGAUGGAGAAGGGCAGCCUGCUCAGCUUCCUCCGAGGUCCGGAGGGCCAGAAUCAAGACAUCGCGUCGCUCGUUGACAUGGCUGCCCAGGUGGCUGAUGGGAUGUCGUACCUGGAGGAGCAGAACAGCAUCCACAGAGACUUGGCGGCUCGGAACGUCCUGGUGGGAGAAGACUACACCUGCAAGGUGGCCGACUUUGGACUGGCCAGAGUGAUCAAGGAGCCGUUUUACAUCUCAGAAGACAAGAAGAUCCCCUACAAGUGGAGCGCUCCGGAGGCCAUCAGCCACGGGAAGUUCUCCAACAAGUCAGACGUCUGGUCGUUCGGCGUGUUGCUCUACGAGAUCACGACCUACGGAGGCGUUCCUUACCCAGCUUUAAGCAACCAGGAAGUGUUCCAGCAGGUUACCAAUGGUUACAGGAUGCCAGCUCCGCCCAAAUGUCCCAACUUCCUCUACCAGAUCAUGAUGAAGUGUUGGAGCACCGAGCCCGACGACAGGCCGGACUUCAAGUCCCUCAAGUUCCAACUGGACAGCAGCUCCUACGAGCUGGAGUGACGGCCUGCAGUACACCGUCCUCACCACAGGGGGGCAGCAGAGACGGACACUGAUCGCUGAGGCCUCGUCGUCAGCGGAAACUAAACUGAUGUUACUCUGAGAAAGACUGACUGUGUUCGCCUGGGCUGCAACUGUUAAUUAUUUUCAGUGUUGAUCGAUCGGGUUUGUUUUUGUAAUCGAUUAAGACAAUAAUUCUGGAUCCAAGCUGUCGAGUGUGAGAAACUGCUCCCUAAUCUGGCCUUUAACAGGAAACUGAAGUAACUUGUGGAUGUUAAACAGUUAAUCAAGACAAUAAUGUGGCAGAUAAAGCUGAUAACUCACUGAUGAAAAUAAUUAUUCACCUCUAAUUUUCUUUCAUCUGAUCAACAGACUGAAACCCAAAUACAUUCAGUUUCAGUCUGUUGAACGCAGGAAAUCGUCACAUUUCAGAGGCUACGACCAAAAGAAUACGUUACUGUACGUUACGUUAGUUAGAGACAAAACAUCCAGCGUGUUUCCAGGUUUGCUAGACGGCUCUUAAAAAUUUAAACAAAUUUCAGAGACCCUCCACAAAAGGUGCAAAGUGAAAAAGAGUUUUGAAAACAUGCAUGGAUCGUUUCCAGAGACAGAUCUGAUGGUCCAGAGCUCACGAUGAUUUUCACCCUCAGCGGUCGUUUGACUGUUUGUUGAUUGUUAUUUAAAGUUUCGUGGAUGCAGAAACAGGGAACAUCUCCACUUCUGUGACGACUGAGCAAACCAGCUGCUGACAAAGAUGGAGAACGAUCAAACGUUUCAGAGGAUCGACUGAAUGAGACAGUCGCUCCCUAACUGCUGCCGGAUGAAAUGGAAGCAGAGUAAAACUGGAGUCUGGAGUUAUGACAGCCUGUAAACAAUUAUAAAAAAUACUGUAUAUAUUAUAGAAAUACAAUAUAUUUGUAUAAAUAGACAUCACGAGCUGUGAACUAUUGGUUUGUAAAAAAGAAAAAUAUAAUAAAGAAAUUGGACCCUUCA